GUAUAUACUAUAUUACUAGUACUAUACUCUUCUCUUUUUUUCUUAUCUUCUUCUUCUUCCCCCUCAUACCCCACUUCACCGGCCCCAUCAUUUCCCUCUCAUCGUUGUCUCAAUCAUGAUGCAACAAUAGCACAGAAAUUAUUAGCAAAAGAAAGUGUAAGUAGAGGGAAAAAUGAAUUUGCUUACCAUUUUCCUACUGUUCUUGUUUUACUGUUACAUUGGUUUUGCUAAGGUGGUGGUGGAGGCAAAAGUUGAGUUGAGAGACGAAGUGUCUAUUUUACUUUCUAUUAAAGAAAGUCUUAUUGAUCCUUUGGAUCAACUUCGCGAUUGGACAGUGCCCAAGAAUGCAGCUGCAGGGAACGUUUCGGUUCCCUGCAGCUGGACUGGAGUUGAAUGCAACUCCAAAGGUGCAGUUGAGAAGCUUGAUUUGUCACACAUGAAUCUCACUGGCAAAGUGUCUGAUGAUAUUCAAAAGCUGAAGAGUUUGACUUCUCUUAAUCUAUGCUGCAAUGAUUUCUCAUCACCAUUGCCAAGAACCUUAUCCAAUCUCACUGCAUUGAAAAGCAUUGAUGUGAGCCAGAACUACUUUGUCUAUGGAUUUCCUUUGGGUCUUGGAAUGUCAGCAGGGCUUAUGUAUUUGAAUGCUUCGAGUAAUAACUUCUCCGGUUAUCUUCCUGAGGAUAUUGGCAAUGCAACAUUCCUCGAGACUUUGGAUUUUCGAGGGAAUUUCUUCGAAGGUUCAAUUCCUAAAUCUUACAAGAAUUUAGGAAAGUUGAAGUUUUUAGGCCUCUCAGGGAACAAUUUGACUGGCCACAUUCCAGGAGAGCUUGGGCAGCUAUCGUCGCUUGAGACUAUAGUUCUUGGAUACAAUAGUUUUGAAGGUGGAAUUCCAGCUGAGCUUGGAAAUUUGACCAAUCUCAAGUAUCUUGAUCUUGCUAUUGGCAAUCUUGGAGGUGAAAUUCCUGCUGAGUUGGGCAAGCUGAAGCUGCUCAACACCAUUUUCUUGUACAAGAACAGUCUUGUAGGUAAGAUUUCACCAGAGAUUGGCAGCAUGACUUCAUUGCAGCUACUUGACUUCUCCGAUAACAUGCUUUCGGGUGACAUCCCAGCUGAGAUUGCUGACCUUAAGAAUUUGCAGCUUUUGAAUUUGAUGUCCAACAAAUUAUCAGGCUCAGUUCCUUCUGGAAUUGGAGGUUUGCCUCAGCUGGAAAUUCUUGAGCUGUGGAAUAACAGCUUAUCAGGUCCUUUGCCAAGUGAUCUUGGCAGAAACUCGCCUUUGCAAUGGGUAGACAUUUCAUCCAAUUCAUUCACUGGUCCUAUUCCAGAAGGGUUAUGCACCAAAGGUAACCUAACUAAGCUUAUCUUAUUCAACAAUGCUUUCUCUGGUCCAAUUCCAUCUGGUUUAUCAACCUGCACGUCCCUUGUUCGUGUAAGAGCGCAAAACAAUCUUCUUUCCGGGACAAUCCCAGCAGGUUUUGGUAAACUUGGGAAACUCCAAAGGCUGGAACUGGCAAACAAUAGUUUGACAGGCCAAAUCCCAAGUGAUCUUGCUUCUUCUACCUCUCUUUCUUUUAUUGAUGUCUCUAAAAAUAACCUUCAGUCUUCUAUUCCUUCAUCCAUUCUUGGACUUCCAAGUCUUCAGAAUUUCAUUGCCUCAGAAAACAACCUUGUAGGCGAAAUCCCGGAUCAAUUCCAGGAUUGCCCUUCUCUUUCUGUCCUGGAUCUAUCCACAAACCAUUUCACUGGAGAUCUUCCAGCUAGCAUUGCUUCCUGUGAGAAGUUAGUAACUUUGAAUCUUCGAAACAACCAAUUAACUGGUCCAAUUCCAAGAGCAAUUUCUAUGAUGCCCACAUUAGCUGUUCUAGAUCUAUCCAACAAUUCUUUAACUGGUGGAAUACCUGACAACUUUGGCAAUUCCCCAGCAUUAGAAACGCUGAAUGUUUCUCAUAACAAACUUGAGGGCCCUGUUCCGGCAAAUGGCAUGCUCAGAACAAUCAAUCCAGAUGACCUGAUUGGCAAUGCCGGUCUCUGUGGUGGUGUGCUUCCUCCAUGUUCUCACAAUGCAGCAUACACAUUGAAGGAAAAGAGCUUGCACGCGAAGCACAUCAUUGCAGGAUGGCUAACUGGGGUAGCAGCUCUUCUACUUCUUGUUACAGCAAGUCUUGGAGCUAGGUCUCUAUACAAGAGAUGGAAUGAAAGUGGAAGCUGUUUCGAACAAAGGUUUGAGAUGAGCAGUAGUGAAUGGCCGUGGAGGUUGAUGGCAUUCCAGAGGCUAGGAUUCACUAGUAAUGACAUCUUGGCUUGCCUUAAAGAGUCGAAUGUCAUUGGAAUGGGAGCAACAGGGGUUGUAUACAAAGCUGAAAUGCAACGUCAGAAUACGGUUGUUGCAGUGAAGAAGCUAUGGAAAUCUGGAACUGAUAUUGAGAUGGGGGGAAGUGAAGAUCUUGUAGGUGAGGUGAACGUUCUAGGAAAAUUGAGGCAUCGGAAUAUUGUCAGGCUUCUGGGGUUCCUUCACAACAAUCGCGAUGCAAUGAUAAUAUAUGAGUAUAUGCAGAAUGGCAGCCUUGGAGAAGCUUUACAUGGUAAACAAGCAGCAGGGAGAUUGCUUGUGGAUUGGGUCACUCGAUACAACAUAGCACUUGGAGUGGCACAAGGCCUUGCUUAUCUCCAUCAUGAUUGCCAUCCACCAGUUAUUCACCGUGAUGUAAAGUCAAAUAACAUACUUCUUGAUGCAAAUCUUGAGGCAAGAAUUGCAGAUUUUGGUUUAGCAAGAAUGAUGCUCAAGAAGAAUGAAACAGUUUCUAUGGUUGCUGGAUCUUACGGAUACAUAGCCCCCGAGUAUGGGUACACACUGAAAGUGGAUGAAAAGAUUGAUAUCUACAGCUAUGGUGUAGUUCUCAUGGAGCUCCUAACUGGAAAACGUCCUCUAGAUCCUGAAUUCGGGGAAUCUGUUGACAUUGUAGAAUGGUUUCGGAUGAAGAUCCGAGACAAUAAAUCUUUAGAAGAAGCUCUAGACCCCAAUGUAGGAACGAUACAACAUGUUCAAGAAGAAAUGUUGUUAGUUUUAAGGAUAGCAAUUCUAUGUAUAGCCAAACUCCCCAAGGACAGACCGUCCAUGAGGGAUGUUUUGACAAUGCUCGAAGAGGCAAAGCCUCGAAGAAAGAGCAGUAGCAACAGUGGAAGUAGUCCUGCUACUACUGAUAAAGAUAAGCCAAUAUUCAGUACAUCACCUGUAAAUGGCCUUCUGUAAGAAGAGAAGUCAUGACCCUUUUUCCUACUUGAGUCCAUUUUAUUUGUAAUUUUCAUGUAGUAUUUGACCUGUAUUUAGAAGUUCAUAUAUCGAUUCUUGUAUGUGUAGAAUUUAAGGCAGUACAGGCAGCACUUUUCCUGCUGCAAGUGAUUUUUUUGAUCAUGUAAGAAAAAGUUAUUGAUCAGAAUAACACAGUUUUAACACGGAAAUAUUCUCUAAUCAAGAUAUGGAAUUG